AUGGUCCUCACACUCGAUAACAUGGGAGAAGCAGCCGACCUAGAAAGAAAUCUCUGGCCGGACUCAUCAACUCCAGUGGGACAUCACUAUUCCGUAACAGAAAUCCUUCCACAUUUCCUCGCCAUCCUCGCCAAACACGACGUCUGCGUAACUUAUUUCAUUGAAUCUUGGAAUUUGGCCGUCUACCCUUCGACGAUCCGAGAGAUUAUUAGUGCUGGACAUGAGAUUGGAUGGCAUGCUUGGCGUCAUGAAGCAUGGAGUAAGAUUGGGAGUGAGGAGCAGGAGAGGGCGAAUUUCGCGCGCAGCUUUGGUGGUGAAGGUCUUCGAGGCUUUGUUAACAACAGUAAGCCGGGCGAAGCUAUCAUUGACUCGUAUAAAGGUUUUCGACCUCCUAGUGGUAUGAUUUAUGGUCAGCGAACGUUGGGCAUUUGCAAAGAAUAUGGUCUGAAAUAUAUCAGUCCUGCAGGUCAAAACGCCGCUGUUGUGCCAUUACAGAAUAAUCAAGACUCGAUGGUGAUCUUGCCGUUCAGGUGGACAACCGUGGACGCUUUCUACUACAUGGAGACUUUCUCCAAGCUACGAGAGAUGAAAGGCGAAUCUGAGAAGCCACAAUCCGARCAGUCGUUGACGCAGAAGAUCAUUGCACAGAUAGAUGAAGGGAUCGUCCGAGGUGGCUAUCUGUCGAUUUUGUUCCACCCCUUUCUCAGUAACAGUCCGGAGCGGCUACAAGCUUUUGAGACUGUGGUGGCUUAUCUGGCUUGA